AUGAAGAGCAUUGAGGAGAACGUCCGAGCGGCGCACACAUUCCUUUCUAAGCACUAUGGCAAUGCUUCAGACUCCGAGAUCAUCCUCGUCGGCUUCUCUCGCGGGGCUUUGACCGCGCGUGUGCUUGCUGCCCUGAUCAACGACGUUGGGCUACUCAGCGAAAAGGGGCUACGGCAUCACGAGCUCAUUUUCACGCACUGGGCGGCAAGGCGCCAGCAGUGGAAGGACGAGCCGGAGAACGACAGACUCGUUGUCGAAGCCAUACGGAAGAGAUUCGCCCCAGACACUUUCUUGUUCCAGGACGGCCGGCAGAUUCACAUCAAGGCCGUCGCUGUCUGGGACACAGUCCAGUCUCUCGGCUGGAAGCAGGUCUUCCAGAACGUGCUGCCGUGGCUGGCCACCGAAGGCGAGGAGCAGCGCUUCGCCUUUGUACGCAACCGGCUACCCUCGAAUGUCGAGAAUGCCUUCCAGGCUCUGGCGCUCAAUGAGCACCGCCGCAACUUCCAGGCAGUGAUCUGGGAUGCUGAAGGAGCUGCGUCUUCUCUGAUGAAGCAGUGCUGGUUCGCUGGCUAUCACUCGGACCCCGCCUAG